CACCGCCAGAAGAGCCAGACAAAGGGGCGUCGUUGUUUUCGAGGUUCGGUUAAAAAUUAACAGGAUUGAGUUCGGACACUGAUGGAGAAACACCCAGAGAUGGACGAUGUGAAAGACGAGCCAUGGGAGUGGCGCUGCACUCUGGACCGGGAGGAUCCAGAACCUCCACACAUUAAGGAGGAAGAAGAGGAAGAAGAAGUGAGCAACCUCCCCUUCAAUAUUGUUGUGAAGACUGAAGAGGAGGAAGAGAAACCGUCACUUUCACAGCUUCAAGAGAAAGCUGAGGUGCCUCAAACCAGCAGCUCGACUCAACACUCAAAAACAGAUGGAGACAAAUGGGGAAGACCAGAACCGGGCAGUGACAGAGGACCACCUCUUAAGUCUGACCACCAUAGGCCACUCUCAUCUGAAUCUGAUACUGAUGACAGUGAGGACUGGAGGGAAAACUCUGUCAGUGAGAAGAAGCAUAAAGCUGAUUACCAUUCAUUGACCUGUUCCGCUUGUAGAAAAUUGUUUUCUUCCAAAAGAGGACUCUCCCUGCACCAAAUCACUUGCAACAAAGAGUCAUUGACCUGCUCUGCCUGUGGAAAACAGUGUUCCUCCAAGAGGGGACUCGCUCUGCACAAGAACACCUGUAAAGGGGAGUCGUUGACCUGCUCAGUUUGUGGAAAGACCUUCUCUCAGAGAGGACAUCUCAACAUUCACAUUCGGACUCACACAGGGGAAAAACCAUUCUCUUGCUCAAUAUGUGGUAAACGUUUCAACCAUAAAGACAAUCUGAAGAUUCAUAUGUGGAGGCAUACGGGAGAAAAACCAUUCUGCUGCACAAAGUGUAAUAACUAUUUCAUUACAAAGGAUAAUCUGGUGAAACACAUGAGAAUUCAUGACGGUAUAAAGCCAUUUGACUGCCCUGAAUGUAGAAAGUGUUUCAUUGCUAAACGUGACUUAAAAAUCCACAUGAGAAUUCAUACAGGAGAGAAACCAUUUAGCUGUUCUGAAUGUGGCAAACGUUUUAAUCAGCAUCGUUCUCUGUCUGUUCACAUGAAGAUUCACACUGGAGAGAAACCAUAUAGCUGUUUGGAAUGUGGGAAAUGUUUUCACCAGAGUGGUCAUCUGAAGACUCACAUGAGAAUCCACACAGGCGAGAAACCGUUCUGCUGCCCCCAGUGUGGCAACUCUUUCAACCAAAUGGAACAUCUGAAGGUUCACAUGCGAGUUCACACUGGAGAGAAACCGUUCAGCUGCCCUCAGUGUGGCAACUGCUUUAAGCAAAGGGAACAUCUGAAAUCUCACAUGAGAGUACAUACCAAGGAGAAACCUUUCAGCUGCUCAAAAUGUGCAAAGUCUUUCUCAAAGAAAGUUUAUCUUGAGACUCAUAUGAAGCAACAUACAGAAGAGGAGCACUGAAUUACAUGACCGCAGGCAAAGUUGAAGUCAACAUCGGGACUGUGAGGCUCCCAGUAAACAAGACUGGCUCAGACCCUAUAUAGUGCUUAAUCAAAGUGUGUAUGAUAAGCAACAUCUCUUGGCUGCAUUACAAGAACAGUCAUGAAGACAGCAGCAUGAACUGUUGUAAUAAUAAGAGCAUAUUAAAGAAAACUUUCAGCUUCAUCAUGCAAGGGUCAGGAAAAACCAAAUCAUCAUGGUAUAUG